UACGUCGUUUCACCCACAAGAACCGCACCAUUGGGUGGCGACGGAAGACAAAGCCGUGAUUGACGUGGCUGCUGACCACUAGCGAGCGAGAGCACGACGAGGGCGUGUUCCGAGGGGCGACGGCAGGCCAAUGAAACGUCGGGGACGGGAGCGGAGCGUCGUGCCAUUCGCGGGCCCGGCUGUCAAUCAGCGUCUUUUUAAAUGCCUACAGAGCGGCCCACGGGCGCUGCAUGAAGCCAGCCAUCCCGGGAUUGUCGUACGGCACCGGAGCGGGGGCCCAGGCAGCAUGAACAGCGAGGAGGAGGAGGAGGAGGGCGGCGAGGGCAGCCGCCGGACCAAGCAGAGGUUCGAAGAACUGUGUCAGAAGCUGAACAUGGACGAAUGUGCGAGGUGCGAGGCUUGGGCCAGUUACGAGAGAAUCAGCAAGAACUACACGCUGGAGGGAGAAGAUCUUCAUUGGUUGGCCUGUGCCUUGUAUGUAGCAUGUAGAAAAGCUAUUCCAUCAGUGGGAAGAGGAAUUGUAGAAGGGAAUUGUGUCUCCUUAAGAAAGAUCCUACGCUGUUCGGAACUCAGUUUGAUAGAGUUCUUCAAUAAAAUGCAAAAAUGGGCAGACAUGGCAAACUUGUCACAAGAACUCCGGGAACGUACUGAGAAGCUGGAGAGGAAUUUUAUCGUUUCUGCUGUCAUCUUCAAGAAGUGCAAGCCAAUCUUCUGUGAUAUUUUUAAGGAUCCCCAAGAAGAACCACCACCACGUCAGCACAGAGGUCGGAAACAAAGACGGCAACCUUGUACAGUCUCUGAAGUGUUUAACUUUUGCUGGGUGCUGUUUGUUCAGGCCAAAGGAAACUUUCCCAUGAUCAGUGAUGACCUUGUUAAUUCCUAUCACCUUCUGCUGUGUGUGCUUGACUUGGUAUAUGGGAGUGCGCUCCUCUGCUCUCACCGUAAAGAUUUGCUGAAUCCCAGUUUCAAAGGUUUAUCUGAAGAUUUCCACAGUAAAGAUUAUAAACCACCUUCAGAGCCACCUUGCAUAAUUGACAAAUUAUGCUCUGCGUAUGAUGGAUUGGAAUUGGAGGCAAAAGGGAUUAAGCAACAUUACUGGAAGCCUUACAUCAGAAAGUUAUUUGAUAAGAAGAUCCUGAAAGGAAGAGGAGAAACUCUAACUGGCUUUCUGGAUCCUGGGAAUUUUGCAGACAGCAUUAAAGCCAUUAACAAGGCCUAUGAAGAAUAUGUGUUAACUGUGGGAAGCAUUGAUGAAAGGAGUUUCCUGGAAGAUGAUGCAGAUGAAGAGAUAGGAACCCCGAAUAGGUAUCUGAGCAACAUGUCAAAUGUAGAAACUGCUGAAAGGAUGCAAGUACAGCACAAUCUUCAGCAACAUUUUGACAAUUCCAGGACACUCACAAUUUCAACACCACUUACUGCUCGGAAGUAUAUAAAGGAGAGUAACUUGUGUGUGACUCCCAUAUCCUCCGCUACUCAGUGUGUUAGUCGUCUUCAUGCCAUGCUAACUGGGUUGAAAAAUGCUCCAAGUGAGAAAUUGUUACAGAUUUUCAGGUCUUGCUCCAGAGAUCCUACACAGUCUGUUCAUAACAGAGUUAAGGAGAUGGGUGAAAUAUUUUGUCACCAUUACACACAGUCCACCAAGGAUCAUUCUGGAUUCUCAAUAGACUAUGCCACCAAACGCCUUCGACUUGCGGAGAUUCUAUACUACAAAGUUUUGGAAGCAGUGAUUGAGCAAGAAAAGAGGAGAUUAGGAGAAAUAGAUCUGACUGGAAUAUUGGAACAAGAUGUAUUCCAUCGAUCUCUUCUGGCUUGCUGCCUUGAAAUAGUUAUCUUUUCCUAUAAACCACCAGGAGACUUUUCAUGGAUCAUUGAUAUCUAUGACCUUCCAUCCUAUCAUUUUUAUAAGGUGAUAGAGGUACUUAUAAGAGCAGAGGAUGGUCUUUUCAGGGAGGUAGUAAAGCAUCUGAAUUAUAUUGAAGAAACAAUCCUGGAAAACUUUGCAUGGAAGCAAGAAUCCCCCCUUUGGGAUGGAAUUAAAGAUUCAGAAAACAAGGUUCCAUCAUGUGAAGAGGUGAUGCCACCACAUUAUUUUGAAAAUCUCGAGAGCACCGGGAACGAGAUAUCCUCUCCCAUUACUCAUACACGGCUAAAGGAGGCUCGCGUUGAGACUGGCAGGAAAGAUGCCAUUGUAUCACCAACGACGCUACAUGAUCGAUACAGUUCUCCAACAGCAAGUAAUGCAAGAAGGAGGUUGUUUGUAGAUAAUGACAAUAAUCCAGACUCUUCAAGCAACUCCCCUCGAAUUUCCCAGCAACAAACUGUUAAUGCCGUACCAGUCCAGAAUGUGACCACUGAGACUGUGUCUAUUUCUCAUGUCCCUGGACAGACAUUAGUAACCAUGGCAACUGCCACUGUUACAGCUACUAAUGGACAAACAGUUACAAUUCCAGUUCAAGGUAUUGCAAAUGAAAAUGGAGGCAUUACAUUCAUUCCGGUUCAGCUCAGUGUCUCCGGACAGGCUCAGUCUGUGACGAGUACUAUCCAACCCCUUACUGCCCAGAACCUUGCCAGUAGUUUAGGCAGUCACCAGAUAGCUGGCACUGCAGUGCAGAUUGCUGGACAGGUGUCAAUUCAACAAUCCCCAGGCCAAAACCAAAACCAAAACCAAAACCAGCACCAGGGAGGAAUAAGCAGCAGACCCAAAAAGACAGGCUCAGUCGCUCUGUUCUUUCGAAAGGUUUAUCAUUUGGCAAGUGUUCGUCUGCGGGACCUCUGUGCAAAACUGGACAUUUCAGAUAACUUGAGGAGGAAAAUCUGGACGUGCUUUGAGUAUUCCUUGGUUAACUGCACUGAUCUUAUGGCUGAUAGACAUUUAGAUCAACUUCUGAUGUGUGCUGUUUACAUAAUGGCUAAGGUAACGAAGGAAGAUAGGUCCUUCCAGAACAUCUUGCGUAAUUACAGGACCCAGCCACAGGCCAGCAGCAAUAUUUAUAGGAGUGUACUGUUAAAAGCUCGGAGAAGACGAACUUCCGGCAGCAGCGACAGUAGUGGUCGCCAGGGCUCGCCAACAGAGACAAACAGAGACAGGAACAGUAGAGACUCUAGUCCAAACAUGAGGUCCAACAGUACACUUCCAGUACCUCAGCCAAGUAGUGCACCACCUACCCCAACCCGACUGGCUGGAGCUAACAGCGAUAUGGAAGAGGAGGAGAGGGGCGAUCUCAUUCAAUUCUACAAUAACAUUUACAUUCGAAGAGUAAAAGCAUUUGCACUGAAAUAUUCCACAUCAAGCAUGGAGAAUGGGAGUGAAGCUCCUCCUUUAUCUCCCUUCCCAUCUGUACGGACUGGAUCACCACGCAGAGUCUUACUCUCUCAGCAUCACUCCAUUUAUAUUUCACCACAUAAGAAUGGAGGUUCCCUUUCACCACGAGAAAAGAUGUUUUAUUGUUUCAGCAGAAGUCCUUCAAAGAGACUGAGAGAUAUCAACAGCAUGAUUAAGACUGGUGAAACUCCAACCAAGAAACGUGGCUUGACAUUAGAUGAUGGUAGUGAAGUGCCAGCUAAGAGGGUUUGUCAAGAGAACCAUACUGCAUUAUAUAGACGUUUGCAAGAUGUGGCCAAUGACAGAGGCUCACACUGAUUCUAUUUGUGCCUCAUUACUUUGGUAAUUUGCUGAGAAACAGUAUGGGCUUUGGCACAAGUAUCCUCUAAUUGUAUCAACUUCCAUGACUUCCCCCUCCCCUCGGGUCCCAGAAACUGAAAAGCAGACCAGAGAGAAUUACAACUAUGCUUAAAGCUUUUGCCAAGUCAUAUAGGCAGUGACCACAUGCUGUAGGAAAGUGCAAAAUGGACAAAAAAGGGUCAAAUGCUUUAACAGAUAUCCAGUUUCUUGCUUUGUAAAGCAGCUCAUCUUAACAGAUCAGACUGUUGAAGAGAGGAGCAUUUUAGGUUAAGAGAUUUGUGAAGCAAAGUAUUUUAAAAUUGCAUUUUAUUAUUUAAGCUUUUCUGAAAUAAAUAUUAAAAUAGGCUUAUAACAAGUUUUUUCAUACCAAAUUCAAUUGUACUAUUAAUACAUUUGUAUGUAAGCUCAUUAAAUGUUAAAAUUUUAAUAAAUUUUAGAAAGGACAGGUUGUUUUCAAAGCAAAGCUUUAGGAUGUGAUCUAAUUACUGAUAUACAACCCUUUGGUGUAACUACUGCUCAGAUUGGACAAGAGAGUAAAAAUUCCCAUGGAUGAGUUUAUACCUCCUACACACUCAGCAUUCCACGUUCAAGGAUUACAGUCAAUGUGCCAAUCAGUUUAUGCAUAAUGGAUUUUGGUGCCCAAAACUGGCAACACAUGUUCAGUGAACUUGGAAGGUCAGAUCCUACAAGAAUAGUAUGCUAAUAAUAAGUACAGAACUGUCAUAAAUGUAACAUAGUGGGAGCUUAAAAUGGUAGACUGGAGCCAGCAGCUCAGGAGAGAAAAUGUUAAAGCAGAAGUUUCCACUUAAAAGAAUAUUGGUUAUCCAAAGGAAGAUGCCCUGUUAUAUUUUUAGGUUUUCAUGCUUGAUAUGGUGCUUAGACCUUACCUUUUCUAUUGAUUAGCAUGCUAAUCGACUGCCAAAAAAACAAAAUGCAGGUCAGGCAACAUUUAGAAAGAGAAAGUUUUCAAUUAAAGACCAUUGAAUAUUUAAAUGCAGUGGGACUUCAAGAGUUAAGAAAGAAACUGGGCACAUUGUUGUCAUGCAAUCUUUGUCCUCAGUAGGUGUACUGAAUAGUCAUCAUUCAAGCCUUAGGCUGUGCAGAGAUAAAAGAAUUUAUUUAAGUGUAUGAACAAUGGUGCAGAUAGUGCAUGUAAUAGAACAACUGAAACACGAGUUUUUCCAGAUACUGGAAUCUGGAGCAAUACACAAAAUCCUGGAGGAACUCAGCAGGUCAGGCAGCACCUACGGAGGGAAAUAAACGGUUGAUGUUUUGACUACCAGUCCAGAUGAAGGGUCUCACCCCAAGACAUUGACUAUCCAUUUCCCUCCAUUGAUGCUAGCUGAGCCGCUGAUUUUCUCCAGCAUCUGCAGUCUCACUUCUCCAAACAAGAACUCCUCAAUGGUUCUUUUUCCAAUACAACAUAUUCUCACCAGGAUUAAUCAGUCCAAGAUUUUAAACAGCAUCCCAUAGCUCAAGAUGAUCUUUCAAACACAAUUCAAAGAAUCAAACUAAGAUGUCCAGAAUCACAGACUUUCAUAUUGAUAAUCUUGAGUUAAAUAACCUUAAAAAGGAACAUUCGUGCAACACUUACCCCACCUUCAGAGAAGGUCCACUGCACACAAGCCAGUGCUUUGCCUGCUUGCUCAGAUUGUCUACCUCACAAUAGUAAUGAUGGGUGCAGUAAAUUUGGGGUACACCAGUUCUGUCAAAUUACAUUUAGUAACCUUGAAUGUUAUAGCUGUAUCAGUCUCUGCAAUUGUAGUGCAACUCAGAUAGCAUCUGCUAUUAGCAUGUGGAACAUACAAUCAAUUAGAUUCAGAACCAAAUAGUUAAUCACCUGUUUGCUGAUUUAAUAGCCUCACUGAUAACAGACACUAAUCCACUGCGAAUGUUUUUGCUAGUCUUUUAUCAGAAAUGCCUCCUGAACUACACAUCUUUUGCCACAAUACAGAUGUUUUCUAGCUUAGAAAAUGCAGAUGGAAUUAUUCAGUAACCAAAAAAAAAAUGAACGGACAGUGUGAUCUUACACCAAUCAGAGCACAAAAAGACCGCAGUGGGGUAGAGUAGAAACCAGUAUCCUGCGACAGGAGUUGUCACAGUCUGAAGUCAGCUAUUCAACUGCCAUUCACACUUCCUGCCAGGUAUUCUACGGCUCUUAAAUUAACAACCAAUUACUACCAAGCACCAUAUGCACCCAAUAGAACAGAAAUAACAAUGUGGGUCCUGAAUUUAGUAAACUCCAUACACAAACUCUUGUACAUUGAAAUUAUAUUAAAUAAAUUUCAGUCAAUAGAUUUAUUCAGAGAAAUUGAGUAAUUAUUUAAAAUUUUAACAUACAUCUUUAAAUGUCCUGGUAGUCAGAUUUCAAAGUCUCUUACCUGGAAACAAUCAGGCAGUAGACAAAGCAAGAAAGGCAUGGCAUUACUUUCCUUCCAAUCACCUGCCAUACCUUCAGCAGAAGUGUCAGUUUUCCAUGGCACUUGUAUUGGAAAUUUGUGAUACCUUGUAGCUAUCUUGUCCUCCGUGUUUGGACUACAGUUUGUAUGCUACUUUAUUAUUACUUAAUUGGCAUUAAAAUUUGGUUUUUAAGCAGCAGCCAACCAGAAGAGGAAAGGUAAGCAAAUAGUUCUCAUCAGUUCUUUAAUGGUUCAAAUGCAUCAGGUUCACAAGAACUUAAUUCAGUUUUUAUAUAUUCCUGUCAGCUCCAUUCACCAUGCCUUGGUAAUACAAAUCUUAACCAGAUGCAAAUGUUAUGGUAAGUAGGACAGCAAUCUCUAUAUUAGUCAUGUAUUAUUUUCUUGGCAGUAGAGAUGCCCAAUAGGAAGACAUUGCUGCAUCCUGGGUACUGAAAAUAUAGAUUGAGAUGAUAGCAUUCAGAUCUUAGAAGUUAGCAAAUCUUAUUGGGCACUGUAGACACUGCAGAUUCACCAGGUUGCUCAGAUCAGUUGAAAACAUCUAAAGUCAAAAUGCAAAUGCAUUAUUGCAGUUCACUCAAAACAGAAAAAGAAUUGCCUCAAAUGGUCUUUACCCAAUUAUCUGUGAAUGUGCGAGUUUUAAGGCAAUACAAAAAGUCAAUAGUAAAAUUUUGAAUAUAUGGGUUUACAUUUUUAAUACCAGUCCUCGAACACAAUUCUGCAUAGGAUUUUAAAAGAUUAAGGGGAUAAUUGAUUUUGGAUAUCAAUUCUUUAGUUAAGUGGGUAUGGUGGUUAUUGUACCGUACUUUGCAGUACAUGAGCUUAGCCCAGAUAACAAUGGGAAUUACUGCAAUACUACUGGUCACUUAUGUUAAACAGGGACCCCUCAAGUGUGUCUAAAAAACAACUUGCUUUAAAAUUUGUUAAUCUUCAAAGUAUUUAAAUUAUAACUGAUUCUUUAAAGAAAAUGUUUUGUGUUGUAUCUCUGUAAAAGUUGUGAUAUCUGAUGAUUUAACAUUUGUAUGUGUCUGCAUCCUUUUAUAAAAUGACUUGUAUGUUACUGAAGUAGAAAAUGGUUUUUGAUCAAGCAGUUUUAUCAUCACGUCUUAAACAAAAACAAAACAGGUUACUAUAAUUUAUUUCUAUUUCUGUAAAAGUUGAUGGAAAUUAAUCAUCUGCACCAACAUUUCUUUAUCCACAUCUGCCCUUGCAUGUUGGCA